AUGGGCAAGGACUGUGAGUCCGCAAACGAUACUAGUAUAUCAGAGGAUGGAGACAGUGCUGUUGACAGUUUGACGAAAAUGGGUGUCGGUGAUGGCCAGGAAACUCUGGAGAAAAGCAGCGAAUCCCUAGUAGAAGAAGCAGAAGAAGACAGUGCCACGAUGACAACGGAUGAUGCUUCCAGCAGUCCUGGCAAAGAUCUUGAAGAAUCUGCUACUAGCAAGGAUGCAUCCAAAUUAGUGCCGCAGCAGCAACAUCUCCAAACUCCACACUGUAGUACCACCAGAGCCUUGGGCGGCAUUUUUACGGUUGAUCAAAUCACGGAAUCGGGAAUCGACGCAACAGCUCUCUCGCCCAGAGGAGCACCACAACCACCCGCCGCAGUUCCGGGAGCCUUUCACGUGGUUGGCAGAGAGAGCACGACCCAUAAUAUGCCACCGGAAGGAUCCCUCCAUUUGGACAACACUCUGCGGCGACCUCCACGACAGACGGAACAGAACACAGACUCCCAACCAGGUGCUUUUUCUUCCUCCCCCAACGCUGGCAGCCUUGCACGAGGCAGCAAUCACAGCAACAGUAAUGGCAGGGGUGGGAGUGUCAACCCUUUGCAGCUCCUAGAAGACACUGGAUUGGUACGAGCCAGACGGAUUUCCGACCAGCGCAUUCACGGAUCAGCGGAACCGGUGGAUUUGGAAGCUCAGGAAGCCACUCGCCAAGAACGGAAAAACAUGUCAAACUUGAAGAUCACUGCUGGUUUGUGUACUGUCGUCUUGGUCAUUAUUGUGGUGGUUGUUGCCUAUUAUUUGGCAUCUGGUGGAGGAAACAACACUGACACUGAUGUGGCCAAGAACCAACCCUUAGUAGCAACAGCAAAUAAUGAAACUCGUCCACCAGAGGACAUCAACAACAGCACCAUCAUGAUGCUGGAUUUGCCAAUGGAACUCCCCCAAGCCACCAUUGACACGAUUCUCCAAGAUGUCAAUGGAACCACUCCACAGUACAAGGCAUACAAAUGGAUCCAACAAGACCCUUAUCUGGCCAAUUACUCUCAUGAUGAAACCCGCCUCCGCCAGCGCUUUGCAGCGGCCACAUUCUACCAUGCCACCAAUGGAGAAACCUGGACAGAACAAGGAGGUGGCACUGUCACCAUCACUAUUGACGCUCCAAAUAAUAAUGCACUCCAGCAGUUGAGCGUCAGUGGUGCUGUUACCGUUGUUGUGAAUGUCACUUCGUCCGGAACCCUGCAAAAAGUAAACAUCACGUCGGAACCAUGGCUCUCCUAUGGGACCCAUGAAUGUUCGUGGUUCAAUACUGCCACCAAAGCAAGCAAACCGUUCUGCAGAGAUGGGACCUUUGAAAACUUUGAUAUUGGCAAAAACAAUCUUACUGGGACUAUCCCAGAUGAAAUUGGUCUCUUGACCACAGCCAAGGCUGUCAAGUUGGGAUGGAGUAUGCUUCAAGGCACGCUGCCAACCCAAUUUGGUGUCUUGACCAAUCUAGAAGAGCUCCGGGUCUUUCGCAGUGAAGUACGAGGUAUCAUCCCCUCGGAGCUUGGCUUGCUGUCUGACACCCUGGAGCAAAUAUCUUUGAUCCAAAAUAGAUUGACUGGGAGCCUGCCUUCCGAGUUGUGGCAGCUUACCAAUGUCGACGACAUUGCCGCCAAUCGCAAUUCCCUAUCAGGAACCCUUCCUUCUGAUAUUGGAUUCAGGAUGCCCCAUCUCCGAAGGCUUCGAGCCAAUGACAAUCAGUUGAGUGGAGUGAUCCCUUCCAGCCUGGGUCUGUGCACAGACCUGACCGUUCUUGAUUUGGCCAAGAACCAACUUACUUCAUCCAUCCCCUCCGAGUUUGGAAGUUUGGGCUUGAAGGAACUGGUCCUGGAAUACAACAUUGGCAUCCAAGGAAGCCUUCCAGAGGAGCUGGGUCAGUUGAAUGACACACUGCAAGUGCUAUUGGUCACGGGCACUUCCUUGGAAGGGGAAAUCCCAGCUGACCUGUGUCCGGUGGAGGAACUCGAAUUUGAUUGUUCCCCCUCUAAUUCUUCCUCCCCCGCACUUUGUGGUUGUGAUUGUGCAUGUGGGUAG